GAAGCCGGGCGUGGUUCAGUCGGUCAGUUGUGUGCGCGGACGAGACGUGUGACCGUCGCAUUGGUUUUAUCCAUACUCUUGUUCUUUGCGUUUUUAACUUUGUUUUAACACUUUCAUUCAUCAUGACGACUGAAACCGAAACCAAGCACGUGGAGCAGACUGAGGAGAAGAAAGAGGAAGUGAAGGAAGAAGUAAAGAAGGAAGAGGCCGAGGCGAAUAACGCAGAGGAGAAGGCUGACGACAAGGCCGAGAAGGAAGACAAAGAGAAGAAGGAGGAGGAGAAGAAGGAUGUGAAACCUAAGAAGGAGCCGGCGCCUCCUAAACCUGCCGUGCACAAGCUGGACUUUGAGAAAGACGUAGUGUAUCUUUACCAGUUCACUCGCACCCCAGUCCUUCCCUCCCUUAGCCCUUACUGCCUCAAGGUAGAGACUUGGUUGAGGCUCGCCGGACUCAGAUACGAGAAUGUGGACCACAAGAUGAAAUACAAAAGCAAGAAGGGGCAGCUACCGUUCGUCGAGGUGAACGGCGAGGAGGUGGCCGACUCUGCCAUCAUCAUCAAGGAGCUGGGUCACCGCUACAACACAGACCUUGACUCUGGACUCACACCUGAGCAACGCAACGUUGCUCACGCUACAGUCUGGAUUGAGAACCACUUCGCAUGGGUGGUUAAGUCCUGGCGCACCAAGAAUCCCGAUGGCAUGCUCGGUGCCUACAAGAUGGACUUGCAGCGGAUCACUGAAAAGAGGUGGCCCAAGCUUGUCCUUGAAUUCAUCUUCAAGCUAAAGUUCAGGAGGGCUGCCAAGAAGGUUCGUGCUCAUGGUAUCGGAGUCCACAAACCAGAGGAGAUUGAAGAGUUUGGUCAUAACGACUUGACAGUUCUUUCAGACCUUCUAGGAGAUAAGCCAUUCUUCUUUGGUGAUACUCCCACUUCGCUUGAUGUGGUUGCCUUUGCCAACCUUGCACAAGUUGCAUUUAUGGACAAAGAGGUAAGCUACUCCCUCCGUGACUGGAUGACUGAAAACUGUGCCAACUUGGUAGAGUUUUGCAGUCGUGUUAAGGAUCGUGCAUUCCCUGACUGGGAAGAAAUGUGCACAAACUUGGAUCUUAAUUCUCAUAUACCAAAGCCACCCCCAGAGGAGAAGGUGGAGGAACAAGCAGCAGAAAAGAAAGACGAGAAGACCAAGGAAGAGGACAAAAAGGACGAAAAGGAGAAGGACGAUACGGAAAAGGAGAAGGCCCAGAAAGAUGAGAAGGAGGGAGAGAAGGAAGAUAACAAGAAGACGGAAGAGAAGGAGAAAGAAGAGGAGAAGAAGUAAAAUCCUUGAAUAUUCAAAGUUGUUGAAAGCAGUCGAGAACCAAAUCUAUUUGUAAUAUAUGUGAUAAAUGUUGUUUGAAGGCUUUUUUUUUUUCGCUUGAUACACUUUGUAUAGAUCUUCUUGUUAGCGUGGAACACAAGCACCUCCCCGUGCCGACUUAGUCGUUAACGUUUCGGUGGCCACUAUCAGAAAUAAGCUCGUUCUUACCUUCAUUAUCUCUGGGAGAGUUCAAACAGUAAGGGCAUGAAACAUUGGAUGGUCUCAACUGGUGAUUUUCCAGUCGGACAUGUAUAUUCACGUCUUUGUAUUGGUUGGGCUUUCAUGUUUUAGAGAUCGGUUUUAGUCCCAGUUUUCCUUUGCCUUACCGUUUGAAUUGGUACCAAUUCUCAUUGUAGAAUUCUUUGGUCUCAUUAUGUGUACUGUAGUUCACAACCUGACUGCUCAUUUUCACUGAAGGUAAUGACAAGAUUGAAUUUAUAUUCAGAGUUAAGUUUAGGAGAGACAAAGUUGAAGGUUGGAACUGGUCGAGUCAUAUUAUCUGUGUGGCUUACGUAGCUUGUAGGUUUAUUCCAUACGAGUUUUAGUUAAAUAAUGAUUUUAAGAGCAGUAUUAUUCAUGGAACAUGAGUUUGUACCUUUUGCUACCAUGACAAUGAAAUUUUCUUAAUUCUCAUUCUUUUUUAUCACUUUUGUAAUAUUAGUUUGUACAUUACUAGCUUUUAAUAUGGCAUCUAGAACAUUAUGAUAGUUUUUACACAUGGAAGUUAUUUUGUAAUAAGGAAAUACUCAUUUUAUAGGUUCUCUUUGAUACCAGAGGGAAAAAUUCCCACCGCUUUUUGUGAUAGGAAUGCUCAUGAGCCAAGUCGGUAGUCUAUCUGGGGUUUUUGCUCUGAAACACUGCCUGGCUGUAAUUGGUAGAUGAGCAGAGUAACCCAUUCCAGUAUGUAUUAUAUGAAAGUAAUUCAGAAUCCUUCAUUUAGGGUUUUGAGUCUAUGGUUACUGACAGCCACCAGCAAGACAGUGGUGAUGGGAAGGUAUGAAAGCAUAACUAUGAUUAUCCAUGACACAAGAACCUGAGAUAGCCCAGACUUGGUAUUAAUCCUCAAAAUCUGAAUAAUCCAAAGACAGCUUCACGGCACCAAAGUAGUCAAUAGGGACCAGAGUGCCGCACAAUCAAAAUUAUAAUAAGGCACAAGGACUUUAGCAGAAAAGCUUUGAGAGUGCUGAGAAAGCGAAAUAUACAUGGUAUUUCUAAGGGAUUAAGAAUUUUAUACUAAAGGAAGUUGCACAGUAUUUUCGGUCAAUAAUUGUGCUGUGAUAACCAAAACACCAGUUUUGUAAGAAGUGCUAAAUAGAAGUAAGCCAUUCAUACAAUGAACUUUGUAGCCUUGUGCUUAGUCCAAAUUGUAAAGAAUUUUUGCUCCAAUUGCUAAUGUUUGGCUAGAUAUUGCCCUAGAAGUCUUGCUAGACCCUUCAGAGUGUAUGAUACCAUGUUUGUACCCUAGCUUUUGUACACUUGGUACCUUAAGGCUUCAGCAUUCGUGUAGUAGGUGAUAUAUCUGGCAUUUCUAUUAUAGGCACAUACACCAUGGUUAUCAUGUAUACACAGACGUAUUUAUGUUCCUCAAUAAAUGUAUCCUUUUA